UUUAGCGGUUGCACUGGAUCGUGUUUCUAGCGUUUUCUGUAGAUUGCUAAAUUUGUUUUCGACUCUUAUCUGAGAAAGUUACUGGUGUUUUUCACCUGAAAUCCGGUGGGACCAGUUGAAACCAUGGGGAGAAGCAGGAGUCGAUCUCCCAGACGAGCAGAGAGGCGGCGCUCCCGGUCCACCUCGCGGGAGCGCGAGAGGCGGCGGCGGGAGAGGGAGCGCUCCAGGUCACGUGACCGGGAGAGGAGGCGGAGCCGCUCGCGGUCCCCACACAGGCGGCGUUCCAGAUCCCCAAGACGCAUCAGGUCUUCCUCUCUCUCUCCUACGAGACAGAAGGACGACAAGAAGGACAUCAAAGAUGUGAAAGAGCAUCAGAUUUCCGAGGAGGACAUGCAGGGGAAGACAGAGGAGGAAAUUGAGAUGAUGAAGCUCAUGGGCUUCAGCACCUUUGAUUCCACCAAGGGAAAGAAGUGUGACGGUUCUGUCAAUGCAUAUGCUGUUAAUGUCUCCCAGAAGAGAAAAUACAGGCAAUACAUGAACCGAAAAGGUGGAUUUAACAGACCCCUGGAUUUCAUUGCUUGAAGAAGAGAAGAGGAGGACUGAAUAUAACAAGGUCACGGACAUUGUUUCCUGCUUUGAAGCCAUUGUUCAGCUAGCCAGUUCUGUAUUUCAAUAUUUCUGUGAAACGCAUAGAAAUAUAAAUGCGUGAUUAAUUUAUGGAAAAUUCAGUUUGUGUUAAAGUGGAAUGUGAUGGCCUGGGUGCUGGCAAGGGUGCUAGCUAAUGUAAGUAAUAUGAAACAUGAUAUUGACAUAGUGUACUAAAGAGGUUGACAGAAAUAGAAAAAUAAGUCUUCCUCUGCAGAGGUUGACUAUGGUAAGUUUGCAGAAGCCAUCCCCAUUCUUCCAGCACCGACAUAAUCCGGAAGUAUCGAAGGGCCAAAAGAAGAAGAGGUCAAAGUACACAGUCCCAGAGCUGCUGCUGAACAUGACAACCUGACACAAACGUCCCUUUAAAGAGAGCUUGCUGAGUUGCACGGUCCUAUGACACUUUGUGUAUUUUGGUCAGUGUUUAGUGCUGAAAUGUAAUGCCACACUUGAGAAAAUGGUGCCGUUUCUUUGACGUGAGCUGAAUAGUUACAGAUUUGUAGGCGACUGCAGGCGUGUUUUGAUGUAGCUCAGUAAUUGUCCAUCAUUGUUUUCUGUUCCUUCAGUGCUGGUGAAACAUGGGUGAUGGGGUCUCGGGUGCCGAGCCAGGGCACUACCUGUAACUGCAGCUUCUUGCAAAGCUGGGCUGAAAAAUGAUGGCUUACUGAGCUCUUACAUUGAACACUUUCCCAUGCUUUGAACUUGCACUGAAAACCCUUCCCGAGUGGUGUCCUGUGUGGAGCAUGUGUUGCAUGGAGGAUAGAAGAUAAUUGCUCCAUUUCAGAAAUGGGGAAUUGAGUUGUGCACCUUUUUAGUUUCGUGCACAUAACCCAUUUUUUAGUCAGUGGGAACCUCUUGUUUGAUAUUUUGUGAAUGUCACAUUAUUGGGGCAGUACAUUACACAUUGUACAAGCCUGGCUUUAGUCUUAGCAGUGAGGGCUGAGCUGAAGUUUUCCGAAUCUCUUUGCCCCUAAGGAGUGAUGUGGGUGUCCGCAGGUCCCUUCCAGUGUACUUCUGCUUGUGAAACACUGCCUCACCAUUGUCCUGCAGCAGCUCUGAUCUGUUCUCAGUGUGGUUUUCACUCCAGGACCAUUCCCAGGGGAUCCUGAUCGCACCUCACAUUUCUUUUAAAUAGGCGUUUACUGUUAUUAUAUUGCUUUUAACAUCAUGUAUGCCAGUACAAACCCUGUCUCCAUGUACAGUAUGUUGACUUCAUGAUAUCCAGUCUUUGUAUUUAAAUAAAAAAAUGAAAAUGCCCA